AUGGCCUCGUCGUCGCUGGUGCCGCGGCGGCCCCGGAGCACCGAGGUGAGCUGCGACUCGAGCGGCGACCGCGUGACGGUGCGCCUGCAGCCCCGCCUCAGCAGCCCCCAGACGGCGCCGCCGCCGCCGCCCCCUCCGCCGCCCUGCAAGUCCAGCGUCUCGUCGGGCUGCAGCAGCUCGGGGGGGGACUCGGUGGCGGCGGCGGCGGGUGCGGCGGGGCGGGGGUCCGUGGCGUUCCCGGGGCCCGGCGGCGGCGGGGGCGCCCGGCGGGGGCGUCGGGGGGGGCGGGGGCGGGGGGGGCUGCCGCAGCUGUUCGAGCGGGCGUCGGGGCGCUGGUGGAGCCCGCAGUUCGACUCGCGCGCCCUGGAGGCGGCGUGCCGGGAGCGCUGCUUCCCGCAGGCGCGGCGCCGCUUCCGCUACGCGCUCUCGUACGCCGGGGCGGCGGGGCUGCUGUGGGCCGCCUACGUGGGCGCGCGGCUGGGGCCCGGCGGGGCGGCGGCGGUGGCCGGGCCGGCCCUGGGCGCCCUGGCCGCCGCCCUGGCCGCCUUCCUCUUCACCUUCACGCGCGCCUACGCCCGCCACCACGGCGCCGCCUCGCUCGCCCUCACCCUCCUCCUCUUCGCCCUCACCCUGGCCCCGCACCUGCCCGUCCCUUCCGGGGACCCCCCCCGCAACGCCACCGCCACUGCUCCCGCCCCCGCCGCCGCCGCCGCCGCCGGCUGCCUCUUCUCGCCCGUGGGCAGCUUCUCCAUGUGCGUGGCGGCGCUGCUGCUGCUCUACACGGUGCUGCACCUGCCCCUCUACCUGAGCCUGGCGCUGGGCCUGGGCUACUCGGCCCUCUUCGAGACCCUGGCCUACCUCUUCCGCGACGACCGCUGCUGGGGGGAGGCGGAGGCCGGGGGCCCCCGCCCGCUCCCCUGGGAGGUGCUGAGCAAAGCCCUGCUGCACCUCUGCAUCCACGCCACCGGCAUCCACCUCUUCAUCAUGUCCGAGGUGCGGUCCAGGAGCACCUUCCUGAAAGUGGGCCAGUCCAUCAUGCACGGCAAGGACCUGGAGGUGGAGAAGGCCCUCAAGGAGCGCAUGAUCCACUCCGUGAUGCCCAGGAUCAUCGCCGACGACCUGAUGAAGCAGGGGGACGACGAGAGCGAGAACUCCGUCAAGCGCCACUCCACCUCCAGCCCCAAGAGCCGGAAGAAGAAGCCCUCCCUGCAGAAGAACCCCAUCAUUUUCCGCCCUUUCAAGAUGCAGCAGAUAGAGCAAGUCAGCAUUUUGUUCGCAGACAUCGUGGGCUUUACUAAAAUGAGCGCCAACAAGUCUGCCCAUGCCCUGGUGGGGCUCUUGAAUGACCUCUUUGGUCGCUUUGACCGCCUGUGCGAGGACACAAAAUGCGAGAAGAUCAGUACUUUGGGCGACUGUUACUACUGUGUGGCCGGGUGCCCCGAGCCCCGAGAGGACCAUGCCUACUGCUGCAUCGAGAUGGGCCUGGGCAUGAUCAAAGCCAUCGAGCAGUUCUGCCAGGAGAAGAAGGAGAUGGUGAACAUGCGGGUAGGGGUUCAUACUGGGACCGUCCUGUGUGGCAUUCUGGGGAUGCGGCGGUUUAAAUUUGACGUGUGGUCCAAUGACGUCAACUUGGCCAACCUGAUGGAGCAGCUGGGUGUGGCUGGGAAGGUCCACAUUUCGGAGGCAACUGCAAAAUAUCUGGAUGACCGUUAUGAAAUGGAGGAUGGGAAGGUGAUUGAGCGGGUUGGCCAGAGCGUGGUGGCAGACCAACUUAAAGGUAUGAAAACAUAUUUGAUCUCUGGUUUGAAAGUUAAGGAGCCCCUUUGCAGCUGCUCACAGGCUCUGCUUCCAGGCCUUGAGGCAGGAGACAGAAGCAAGUUACAGAAAGCCUCAUCGGUGGAGAAUGUUGGUGAUUUAGCAAAGGUUUUCAGACAACCAGAGAAAAACAAGACAUGCCCUUCAUGCAGCGUUACGUUGGCACCUACCUGUGCAGCUAGUACAGAGGAAGGAGCUAUCCAAAAUGGAUGUCAGGAUGAACAUAAAAACCCCACAAAGGGCCCUGCGGGGUGCAGUCCGAAGGCCCAGAAUGGGCUUCUGAGUCCUCCGCCAGAAGAGAAGCUGAGCAACAGCCAGACGUCGCUGUAUGAGAUGCUGCAGGAGAAAGGGAGGUGGGCUGGAGUAAGCCUGGACCAAUCGGCUCUGCUGCCCUUAAGGUUCAAAAACAUCCGAGAGAAGACAGAUGCUCACUUUGUGGAUGUGAUUAAAGAGGACAGCUUGAUGAAAGACUAUUUUUUUAAACCACCCAUUAACAAACUGAGCCUGAACUUCCUGGAUCGGGAUUUGGAGAUGGCAUACAGGAGCAGCUAUCAAGAAGAGGUGAUAAGAAAUGCGCCGGUGAAGACUUUUGCCAGUGCUACCUUCAGCUCCCUUCUGGACGUGUUCCUGUCUGCAGUCGUCUUCCUCAUCCUGUCCGUCACCUGCUUCUUGAAACACGGGAUGGCUGCGUCCCCUCCCCCUCCGGCAGCGGUGGCUGUGGUUGUCAUCGCCAUCCUGUUGGAGAUGCUGUCCCUCUUCGUCUCCAUUAGAAUGGUGUUCUUCUUGGAGGACGUCAUGGCGUGCACCAAGCGGCUGCUGGAGGUGAUUGCCGGCUGGCUGCCCCGACACUUUAUUGGUGCCAUUUUAAUCUCCCUCCCUGCUAUUGCAGUCUUCUCACACUUCACUUCUGAGUUUGAAAACAACAUCUAUUGCACGAUGUUCAUGUGUUCCACGAUCCUAAUCACGAUCGUCCAGUAUUGUAACUUCUGCCAGCUCAGCUCUUGGAUGAGAUCAUCUCUGGCCACUCUUGUGGGAGGCGUCCUGCUCCUCUUGCUCUAUGUGUCUCUGUGUCCUGACAGCUCCAUGAUCUCCCACCCGGAUUCAGCACAGAACUUCAGUUCCCCAAACAAUCCAUACAACAGGACGGCUUCUGAGGACUUCAGGAGGCCAGCAGACUUGAUUGGUCAGGAGGUGGUUGUGGGUUUCUUCCUUCUGCUACUCUUGGUUUGGUUCUUGAAUCGAGAGUUCGAAGUCAGUUACCGCCUCCAUUACCAUGGCGAUGUGGAAGCCGACCUCCACCGCACGAAGAUCCAGAGCAUGAGGGAUCAGGCGGACUGGCUGUUGCGGAAUAUAAUUCCCUAUCACGUGGCCGAGCAGCUGAAAGUCUCUCAGAGCUACUCCAAAAACCAUGACAGUGGCGGAGUGAUCUUUGCCAGUAUUGUAAACUUCAGUGAGUUCUACGAGGAAAACUACGAAGGCGGCAAGGAGUGCUACCGGGUCCUGAACGAACUGAUUGGAGACUUUGACGAGCUCCUGAGCAAGCCGGAUUACAGCAGCAUCGAGAAGAUCAAGACCAUCGGGGCCACGUACAUGGCCGCCUCUGGGCUCAACGCCUCCCAGUCCCAGGACAGUAGCAGUCCGCACGGACACUUGCAAACCCUCUUCGAAUUUGCCAAAGAAAUGAUGCGAGUGGUGGAUGACUUUAACAACAACAUGUUGUGGUUCAACUUUAAGCUGAGGAUUGGCUUUAACCACGGGCCCCUGACAGCUGGGGUCAUUGGCACCACCAAGCUGUUGUAUGACAUCUGGGGGGACACUGUGAACAUAGCCAGCAGAAUGGACACCACAGGAAUGGAGUGUCGCAUCCAGGUGAGUGAGGAGAGCUACCGCAUCCUGAGCAAAAUGGGGUAUGACUUUGAUUACAGGGGGACAGUCAACGUGAAGGGCAAAGGUCAGAUGAAGACCUUUCUGUACCCCAGGUGCACGGAUAACGGGAUUGUCCCCCACCACCAGUUGUCUAUCUCUCCAGACAUCCGUGUCCAAGUGGACGGCAGCAUUGGGCGGUCUCCCACAGAUGAGAUCACCAACCUGGUGCCUUCUGUACAGAACUCGGACAAGGCUCCCCACGCCUAUGAUCAUAACUCAGAGUUUUUGCCAUAUUUCAAGAAGUUCCCAAAAGAGUCUGUAAAAUCAGACGACCGGCACAGGUUUGGUAAGCUUGGUGAGAAAAACGACUGUGUGGAAGCAGGUCCUGAGGAGGCUGACGAAAAGACCAAGCUGAACAACUCGAGGAGCGUGUGA